AUGAUUUGUUCAUCAAGUACAACAAUCAACUCUAAGUCUACACACCAAAGUCUUUGUUUUCCUCACAAUGGCUUCAAAAAAACUCACCAUCGCCAUUUUAGCUAUCAUUGUAACACUUUCACUGCAAGGUGAUAACAAUAACGUCGUCGAGGCACAACUCACAACAAAUUUUUACUCAUCCUCUUGCCCCAAUCUUCUCUCCACCGUCCGCUCGACUGUUCAAUCUGCCGUUAACAGCCAGCCUCGAACGGGUGCAUCUAUCCUCCGUCUCUUCUUCCACGAUUGCUUCGUCAACGGAUGCGAUGGUUCUAUUUUACUAGAUGACACAUCAAGCUUUACGGGAGAACAAAACGCGAACCCAAACCGCAAUUCUGCUCGUGGGUUUAAUGUGAUCGACAACAUUAAAACAGCGGUUGAAGCAGCAUGUCCCGGGGUUGUGUCUUGUGCUGAUAUCUUAGCCAUUGCUGCUAGAGACUCUGUCGUACUCCUUGGAGGGCCAAAUUGGAAUGUGAAAGUAGGAAGAAGAGAUGCGAGAACUGCGAGUCAAGCCGCAGCGAAUAAUAACAUCCCAGCGCCAACUUCGAGCCUGAGUCAGCUUAUUAGUAGUUUCAGCGCCGUUGGACUCUCCACCAGAGACAUGGUUGCUCUCUCCGGUGCACACACGAUAGGCCAAUCACGUUGCACGAACUUCCGAACAAGAGUCUACAACGAGACAAACAUCAACGCCGCCUUCGCCACCUUACGACAGAGAUCUUGCCCGAGUGCUGCCGGAUCCGGCGACGGAAACCUAGCUCCACUCGACGUUAACUCGGCGAGUACUUUCGACAACAGCUACUUCAAGAACCUUGUGGCUCAGAGAGGUCUACUACACUCGGACCAAGAGCUCUUCAACGGCGGCUCCACCGACGCCAUAGUCACUGGAUACAGCAACAACCCGUCGAGCUUUAACUCCGAUUUCACGGCGGCGAUGAUAAAGAUGGGUGAUAUCAGCCCCUUGACGGGUAGUAGCGGUGAGAUCCGGAAGGUUUGCGGAAGGACCAACUGAUUAGUCCUUUCUGUCUCGUUAAUGGGUUUUGCUUUUAAGUCAAAGAGAAUAAUAAUAUUUUGAUAAUCUUCCCCUAAAAAAUUGAAGAUCCUUUUUUAAUAUGUGUGUGUUUUUAUUUCCUUGUUUGUUAUUGACUUUAUGUUGAAGUGUGUAUUAUCGUCGCAUUAAUAUCUAAUGAAAUUAGUUUAUUGCGAUA